AUGAAUUCUGCUUUUUUGAAAUAAAUAGAAGAAGAGAAUAAGAUUCUAGAAUAAGAAUUAUCGUAAUUAUUAAGGUAGGAGGCAGUGAGAUUUUCAUUUAGCCAAAAAUGUUCAAAAGAAGAAAAUGAGAAUAAUAGUGAAAAUGUGAAUCCAAAUUUUAGAAAUGAAAAAGGAAUUUUGAGUAAAAUUGAUGAAGAAACAGAGGAAGAAUAACCAAAUCGAAUUGAACCUCAUCGAUUAUUGGAAUCUCCAUAUAAAUCAGGUCCAUAUAAAUUUGAAAAUAAUUAGGAAUCAAUAAUAGAUAAUUUAUAAGACUCCAUAAAUAAUUAUAUGGAGAAAAGAAAUUGCAGUAUUGCUGACAUUUAGAGUAAUAGAAAUUCACAAAAAAAUAUUGAAAAUACAACAAAAUAAAUAAAAUCAUUAGAGAUGCGAUUAUCUGGAACAAGAGAAGCUUUAAAAUCAAUGGAAAAGGAAAUAAAAGAAAAAAACAUAAUCAUUUAAAAUCUUUAAAUUGAUUUGGCAAAGAAGCAAAAAUAAAUUGAAUUAUUAUCAAAACAAUCUAAUAAUUCUACAUCAACGCCAUCAAAAAGCGAAUUUAAUAAUGAAAGUUUUUAAGAAAUAAAAAAAUAGUGUAAGGAGUGGGAAAAGAAAUAUUAGGAAUGCGAGGCUUGUUUAAAGGAAAAUAAAAAAUAUACAUAAAGACUUUAAGAAUUAAAUUAACAACUAUUAUAUAAAUUAAAAUAAUAUGAAUCAGAAAAAGAAUUAUAAACAAAUGAAUUGGAUUAGUAAAAGAAUAUUAAUAGUUAAAUUUACUAAACAAAUUCAAGUAUUCUGAAUAAGUAUUUAUAAAUUUUAGUAAUAUAGAUAUGAACAAAUAAUUAAAUCUUAAUAAGAUUAAAUUCAAUAAGAGGAUGAAAAAUAUAGGCAAUUAGAAAGAAAAUAUGAUGAAUUAAAAAUAAAUAGUGAAUAAUUUUUGUUAAAUUCUCNGUUCUAUUGCUCUGUUUAAGAUAGACUAAGAAUAUAACAAUGUAGAUUUUAUAAUUUUAACAGUGUUUGGAUCAAAUACAAUAAGUAUAGAAAUAUGUAUUAUAAAUUUUUAAAAUUAAAUGAAUUCUGCUUUUUUGAAAUAAAUAGAAGAAGAGAAUAAGAUUCUAGAAUAAGAAUUAUCGUAAUUAUUAAGGUAGGAGGCAGUGAGAUUUUCAUUUAGCCAAAAAUGUUCAAAAGAAGAAAAUGAGAAUAAUAGUGAAAAUGUGAAUCCAAAUUUUAGAAAUGAAAAAGGAAUUUUGAGUAAAAUUGAUGAAGAAACAGAGGAAGAAUAACCAAAUCGAAUUGAACCUCAUCGAUUAUUGGAAUCUCCAUAUAAAUCAGGUCCAUAUAAAUUUGAAAAUAAUUAGGAAUCAAUAAUAGAUAAUUUAUAAGACUCCAUAAAUAAUUAUAUGGAGAAAAGAAAUUGCAGUAUUGCUGACAUUUAGAGUAAUAGAAAUUCACAAAAAAAUAUUGAAAAUACAACAAAAUAAAUAAAAUCAUUAGAGAUGCGAUUAUCUGGAACAAGAGAAGCUUUAAAAUCAAUGGAAAAGGAAAUAAAAGAAAAAAACAUAAUCAUUUAAAAUCUUUAAAUUGAUUUGGCAAAGAAGCAAAAAUAAAUUGAAUUAUUAUCAAAACAAUCUAAUAAUUCUACAUCAACGCCAUCAAAAAGCGAAUUUAAUAAUGAAAGUUUUUAAGAAAUAAAAAAAUAGUGUAAGGAGUGGGAAAAGAAAUAUUAGGAAUGCGAGGCUUGUUUAAAGGAAAAUAAAAAAUAUACAUAAAGACUUUAAGAAUUAAAUUAACAACUAUUAUAUAAAUUAAAAUAAUAUGAAUCAGAAAAAGAAUUAUAAACAAAUGAAUUGGAUUAGUAAAAGAAUAUUAAUAGUUAAAUUUACUAAACAAAUUCAAGUAUUCUGAAUAAGUAUUUAUAAAUUUUAGUAAUAUAGAUAUGAACAAAUAAUUAAAUCUUAAUAAGAUUAAAUUCAAUAAGAGGAUGAAAAAUAUAGGCAAUUAGAAAGAAAAUAUGAUGAAUUAAAAAUAAAUAGUGAAUAAUUUUUGUUAAAUUCUCGAGAUCUUAAAUCUUAAUAUGAACAUAUGCUAAAUACUUUAUAGUCAAUUGCAAAUAGUUAUUGA